AGCUUAUUAAUUAAUUAAUUAGCUGCAGACAGGACAUACAGUACAAUACAACAUAUAUAAUCACCACCAAGAUGAAGUAGCUAGCUAGCUUCAUAUCUUCGACGAGCUGUGAUCAUCGAGAGCCCCGGCCCCAAGUGUAUCAGGAUGAACAUCAGCGGCUGUCCGGUAAACGCAGUGGAGGAUUUCAAGUUGCGCACGGAUCGGAUACGACCGCAGAUGCUGCGAGUGAACGGGCUCACGCUCAGCAACGCCGUCCUGGCCGGAAUCCUUGUCGGGAUAGGCAACUAUGGGACUCGUUAUCGGCAUCGUGCUUUUGUCCGCGCCCUAUUUCAGGGAGCCAACACCUUAUUCCUGCCAAUCCUCUCCUAUGUUGCCUCCAAUGCCUCCACCGGUUCAAAUGUAGGGAAAAGCCCUAUCAUUAGCACCUGCGUUGCAUUGAACCACUUGUUUCUGGUCCUAAUUUGGGCUGGCCUUGUACACAUUGUUGGAAUCAAUACAUCUACAAUAGUCGCUGCAAGCAAAAGAGAAGGUCGAAUUAGUGGGCUCCCUAUGGUACUGGUUGUACAGGCCAUUUGGUCAACUUACCUUGUGGCAUCACUCAUAACUCCCGACUCAUAUUUUGAUCCCGAUCAACCCACCAUGACUCUUUUACCCAUCACAUUUGCUCUUAUCUUCGCUAAGAUAACAUUUAGGUACUAUGAAUUCCGAAAGGCCCAGCACUCUUUUGCGUUUGGGUGCAACCCUCCUCUUAUUGUCGGGCAUAUGAAGCAACUGCUGGGAAGCAAGUAUCAACAUGGUGGUAUGCCUGACGAACCACGGGCUGAGCAUUGCUGUCCUCCAGCACUUAUAGUAAUGGGAGAGGACAGAGAUAAAGUAGAAAAGGGGGCUCAUGGUUUCUUCUUCAAACGGAUGCUGUGCAGUUCUGGUUUGGUGACUAUUGACAAAGUCUGGUUAUUAGACGACACAAUCCUGACGUCGCCAACAACUUGGCGGCUCAAAGAAGUAUGCCUUUCAUUCACAUUAUUCAAGUUGUUGAGGUGUCGAUUUGCAGGCUACACAGUUGCUGAGGCAGGCUUUCAGCAAAUCCGUGGCUUCUUCUUGCAUGUGUUGCUUAGUGACAAGGACCAUGAAAGGGUGCAUCGUGUGAUAAGAGAUGAGCUUUCUUUUCUGCAUGAUUAUUACUAUUCUUCCACCCCAACCCACUACUCAACUUUGUGGCUGCCCAUAGUAAACAUUUGUAUUUCACUCUUGACUCUAACCUGCUGCUUGUUGCUACCUGGAAUGGGCGUGGGUUACUUCAUUUUAGAAAAACAUUCCACCAGAAUUGAUCUCACUCAUCAGGUUAUCUGUCGACUAUUUUGCUAUGAUGAGAAUAGUCACGAAUUGACUCUCAUCAGGUCGGCAUAUAUUGGAAAUUUAGUGUAUGAUGUGGUUCCAGUAGCGAUACUCCUUGUAUUAGUUGUGCUUGCUGAGGCAAGGGAGAUUGCUUCCUACAUCUGCUCUAACUGGACCAAAGUAGCCCUCUUCUGUCGCUUUGUAGUGAAUAACCAUGAUGAAUGGCAGCGGUCUCCUCGCAUGCAAAGAUGGAUUGGGCGUGUUCUGCGAUGCAAGUCCAAAAAGCUGAUGACCCAAUGGGAUGACAAAAUGUGCCAAUGCUCAGUGCUAGUGAUGCAUCCAAGAAGAAUCGAUCCAGUAGUUUCCCUUGUCAUGCGUCUCCUCCGCUUGCCCGACAGAAAGAAGAAUGUCAAGGUUCCAGGGGUGCUCAAGGCUAGGAUUUUCAAUGCACUCGCAAGUAACAAUGGGCUUCUGACUGAUCCCAAGACAUUCCUCUGCCGGAUCCUAGAAGAAGAUGAUGGCAUUGGCAGCAGCAGCAACGACUUCCUCUGGGCUUGUGAGAGCGAAGGUAUCUCCGACCUCCUGCUCACAUGGCACAUCGCGACAAGCAUCCUUGAGAUGGGGCAGCAAGGGCAGCAACAACUACCUCGUCUUUCUGAUGACGACAAGAUUGUUGCCACACACUUGUCACAGUACUGUGCCUACUUGGUGGCCUACGUGCCGGAGCUGCUGCUUCCCGACGACGAUGAAUGGUGCAAGGGCUUGUACAAGGCCGUGAAGAAGGACUGCACAAGUGUGCUUGGUGCCCGGGUAGCAUCAACGCCGACGGCAGAGGCUACUAGUACUGCUACUGGGUACACAAAGCUGCUGUCGUUGCUGCAGGAGCCGGAGCCGAAGCUUCAUGCGGUGCUGAUGAACGGCGUGAAGCUUGGCAAGCAGCUGGUGCAGCUGCAACAAGGGGAGGCAGCGGCAUGGAGGUUCCUCGCAGGAUUUUGGUCAGGGAUGAUCCUGUACAUUGCUCCAUCGGACAACCUCAGGGGCCACGCGGAGGCGAUUGCCCGCAGCGGCGAGCUCAUAACGAUGGUCUGGGCAUUGCUGAUGAACGUGGGGAUUGCCAGCAGGCCCAGCACCGCAGAGGGUUCGUCGGCUACUGGUGAUUGUGUUUAAUUUGAUUGCUACCUCUCUAUAUAUGUAUUCGAUUCGAUCGUCAAGUUGUUGCUUUAUUUGGAUAUAUACUCAUGCAUGUUUAGACUGCCAGCUAGUGUUGCGAUUGCUCACUAAUUGUAUUGUUACCUUUAAUUUAUUUGGCUUGUGUUGCUGUU